AUGGCCAGCAUCUGGAUGGCGAUGUUUACAUCGGAAAUUGAAAAAGCUUUGGCAAACUAUAACGUGCUAGUACGGGGAAAAUACAUUUAUGAACGCAGUGCUGCAAACGGUAAAAGAGUACAGUGCAAUAAUGGAGCAAAAAAUCAUUGUAUAGUAUUACCUGAUGCUAAUAAAAAAAAGAGCAUUUCCCAAAUAGUUGGAGCUGCAUUUGGUGCAGCAGGCCAGCGAUGUAUGGCCAUAUCGGUUGCCAUACUUGUAGGUAAUACUAAGGACUGGAUUUCAGAUAUAAUGCAUGCUGCUAAACAGCUUAAAGUUAACGCUGGACAUGUCCCAGGUACUGACCUUGGACCGGUCAUUUCACCUCAAUCUAAAAAUCGAAUUCUGGAGCUCAUUGAAGCUGGUAUUCAAGAAGGUGCUAGCUUACCGCUUGAUGGCAGAGAUAUUAAGGUUCCUGGAUUUGAAAAAGGAAAUUUCAUAGGACCUACAAUUUUGACAAAUGUCCAG